ACAACAUAAUAACAUCGUACGCCGCCGCCGUGUACAACGAAUGAACAGGACGUGAAAUCGUGUACUGGGGCUGCGGUGCCACGGGUCACGGGUGCGUCGACGGCGGUAGUGAAACGUUGCCGGUGGUGGGGACGGCUGCGGCGGUAACACGGCGGAGGUGGGGUCGGUGAGUCGUUGCCGACGGUGGGGACAACGGCGGCGGUAGCACGGCGGAGGUGGUAUCGGCGAGUCGUUGCCGGCGGUGGGGACGACGGCGGCGUCGCGUACGAAUAUGUUCCGAUCAUCACCACCGCUCGUAGCGCUCGCACUACCGCCACUGCCGGACACCGCAACAACUACGGGCAACAGCUCGUCUCCCGUCCGGGUCAAGCUUGUAGCUGCUGUUCUACAGAUCGUCUCGUCCGACCACCAUUUUCCAUCUUCCGACCUUUGGCUCUACUCGUUCUCUGACAAAUUUGUUUAAACUUUUUGUUAAUUUACUCGCUCUUUCGCACUAUCAACGUGUACUUGUUGGAAGUAGCUCGUACACGGUUUUGCGUCGUGAGCACAUCGACUCCUGUCCGUUUCGCGUCGCCAUUGACGAACACCGUCGUUGAAUCGACGACCGACGCCAUUCGCUUUGUCCUGAAGUUUUUACGAGUUUCAAAUAUGGCUCCUAGAAAAAGAAGAAUCAGUAACAUUUCCAAAAAUGUUGACAUCAUCAAAGGAACAUCUGUUGUAUCACCCAGUGCUGCAAAAAAAUCCAAAAUUCAAUCUGAUCAGCCAUUCGAAACUGACAGUUUGGUUUUAAAUUGUUCAGAGCAUUUAGAAACAAUUUAUUCUAACUUAAAUGUUGGUACACCAAUGUACUGGGAUGAAGAAAUUACUUCUGAAAAUAGUGAUGAAUUUAAAAAAGAAAGUUUAAACAAUGGUGAAGAAGAUGAUGUUGAUGAUUUAGAAACCAUGGGCAAUGAGAACAGUGAUGAAUUAGAACAAGAGGUUAUACCUUUAUCAGAAGACGAAAACAUUGAAUGUGUCGAUAAUUUUCCAACAGCAUCAAGUGAGAGUUCAUUUAUAGAUGAACAAAAUGAAGAUGUUGACAAUGAGGUUGAAAAAUUGCCAGUGGAAAAUGCAUCGGUUGAUAAUGGUAAUAUGGUUAUAGAUUUAUUAGAUAGUGACGACAGUGAUGAUGAAGAAGUCUUAAAUGAUACAGACCUUGUAAAUUUAUCUACUGUUGAAUAUUGCAAUUAUCGUACCGAUGCAGAAUAUUUAAGAACAAUAUUUCCUGAAUUUUGUUCUGAAAUGUUAAUGGAUCUCCGUUCGAGAUUCCAUAAGGCAAAAAAAUCAAGCCAAGUCUACACAUAUACUGGUCAUCGAAUAGGCUUAACCUGUGAUACCAUAGAAAGGUUAUUUAGAAAUGACUCUUGGUUGAACAGCGAUAGCAUUAACCAUUAUUUGCAGAUGUUGUCCAAUCAUCGGAGUGAUGCUCAUUUUUCUUUUGAUUCAUAUCUAUUAUCGGACUUUAAAUAUAGGGGAUAUGAAUCAACCAAGAGGAGAACUGAAGGUGUUGAUAUUUUUUCAAAGAACGUGGUUUUUCCCGUUCAUCUAGUACAAUCACAUUGGGCUCUGAUUUAUGUAGAUAUGAAGAAUCAUAUUUUAUUUUAUAUUGAUAGUUUAUUGGACAACUAUGAAGCUGAAUGUGAGGUACAGAUGGACGAGUUCAUUGAAUAUCUUCACGUAGAGCACUUGGAAAAGAAAAAUGAGAGCAUGAAAAAUGAUUGGCGCAAAAUGGUUAGUGAUAUAAGCCCUAUACAAACAAAUUUCAUAGAUUGUGGUGUAUUUGUUUGUUUAAAUGCUAAAACUCUAAUACUGGAUAAGUUUCAAGACUUUGAGCAAACUGAUAUUCCAGUAUUAAGAGUUAAAAUACUUCAUGAAAUACUCUCUAAUCAAAUAAUAGAGUAAAGUAAAUUUAAGCAUUGAGGAAGACAUCCAAAAAUAAUAGUUAAGAUAAAGUAAGGUUAUAUUAAUUUAAGAGUUUUUUUUUUGUUAUUAGUUUUUUAUUUGUUGUUUUAUUGAUUAUUUUUUAUCAAAAUUGUUCAAAUUUUUAUUUUGUUAAGUUUUUUUAGAGGACCCAUGUAUAUUGUUUCUCUCUUAUGCUUGUAUUACACUUAUUUGACUUUGUAUGAUUGACUUUAACAAAUUUGUGUAAUACAUCAACUUUAUAAAUGUACAACAUACCAAAUCGUUGUUCAGUUAAGCCAAUUUUGUGUUUAGGAUUUAAAAUUAGAGAAAAUAUAUAUUUCAAUGUUUAUGGUCUAUUUGGCCAUGUCUAGGAUGUCUUCCUGCUCAGACUCCUUUCAACUUAAACGCGUUCAGUUCUCCAAUGUGGCCUAGCCCUCUUCUAAAUCUCUGCAUGUCUUAUGUUGCAUUAAGUUCGUUGUAUUUAUAGUUUUUUUACUAUGUUUUUUUUUUUUUUAUGAUCUCAAUUAAAUCCGUUUAUUUAUGUUAUUUUCUAUUUGAUAAAAUUAAUGUUUCUUUGAAAAUAUACAACACAUUUUCUGUUAAGUUUAAAGACUGUUGUCAAAAGACUGAUAAAUAAAAAUGUACACAUAUAAGUUUUUACUUACCACUUUUAUAUACA